UAAAAGACAAUGUGUCUAUCAAUGUUAAGGUAGUAUCACAUUCUACCCAUUCUGGGUUAACUUUAUGGUUGUCUAUGUAUACUACUUGCAUUACUUAAUUUUUCAUGCUGCUAUAUAAACAACUUUCAUCGUAAACUUUAGAGCUUUGUAUUGUUUUGCCACAGGAAGUCACACGGAUAUUCUCGUAACGUUGACUGUAGUGACAAAGUGUGUUCACACAUUUGGACCAAAACCCACAAGCUCUCGAAGCCCCUUCAAUUUCUCUGUGCCACAUUUACAAUUUGACCACACAGACUUACUCAUUGAGAGGUGGCAUAUGCGCUUACACUACAGUGCAAAGUACCAACCUCUGAGGGCACCUGUGACUGCAGAACAACUUUUAGCACAGCAGAAGUUUUUAUGUAUGUAAUCUACCAGUCUUUGUGGUUAUUUGUGCAGCUGCCACACCUCACCCCUUAUGUCUGGUUUCAGAAUACGGUAAAUGUUAUGCACCUCCUUCCACCCACAGAUAGAGUCCUUCUUCAUCUCACUCAGGAAGGUACUGUUGCUAUGAUGUGCAGGAAGACAGAGUGAGAAGCCAACCUUUGAGCCCAUGAAAUGGACAUCUGGAACAAAGUGAUCUACUUGCUGUUUCUUAUAGCACUCAUGGCAACAGUGACGUCUGCUCUCAGCGCUGUGAUCACGGAACCACCCCAAAGGACAGUGGAAGCUCCUCUUGGUUCCUCUCUGAUCCUCGUCUGCAGUUUUGAGCCCCAGACUAGUGCCUGGGUGAGCUGGUAUUUCAACAUAAACCAAUCAUACGGUGAUUCUAGUUCCAGUCAACUUUCCUCCCAUAAGAUAUCGGUCAACAAGACUGUGGAGCAGAACGAUGGAAAUCAUGUCCUUCAGGAGUCUGGGAGAGCUUGGUCCAGACUGACUGUGAGAGAUGUCCGGUACAAUGACAGUGGGUGGUACUUCUGCCAGGUUUUGGCAGAUAUCCCUUACUUUAGAAAAAGUAACAGCAAUGAAACUCAAGUUAUUAUUACUGGCAAGACGACAGAAAGUAACCCUCCAUUGAUGACAGUAACUCGGUCUACCCACUCCAAUGAGGGUUUACUUCUAGGCUGGAAGCUGUGGGUAGCAGUGGGAGCAGCAAGUGCCAUACUGGUUUCACUGCUAGUGGUCAUCUGGAUCUUACUGCAACGAAGGAGAAGCAUAAUACAAAGAGAGAAUCCCAUCUAUACCAAUAUGCCUGCAAUAAAACAACCCUCUCCGCGUCCAGGACUACAGAUGGACAAACAGAAGAUUUCUCCCACUUUAAAAUAUAUCAGGACCCCAACUCCAGCCAGAACCCACGACAACAAACACAUCAGGAUUCCAACUCCGGACAGAAUCCAUGACAACAAACACAUCAGGAUCCCAAUUCCACACAGGGCAAAUGACAACAAACACCUCACCGAGAUCUCAACUCCACCCAGGGCCCAUAACAACAAACCCCUCACCGAGACCCUGAAUCCACCUAGAGCCCAUGAUGGCAAACAUCUUCCAACUCCUGCCAGGGCACAUGACCUCAGGACCCCAACUCCAUCCAGGGCCCAUGACAGCAAAUAAAGCUUAAAACCUUGACUUUUUAUGAUUCAUAUUUCCUAUCCUGAAUCUUCCAACAAAUCAAACUAUCUCAGCAAGUAAUUUAAUCCUGUAAGUGUAGUGUAACUCUGUCCUAUCUUACAGAGCUAUCACUUCAGUAUUGUUUUUGGUUGCUGUUAAUUAAUUUUCCAGCAGAUGGCAUGCUAUGGUAGCCUACUAAAUUAGGAUAAAUUAUCGUUGUCUAAAUAUUAUUCUCAGGGUCAUUUAAAAAGUUACCCCAGUUCAGUAAAGCAUCAUUUAGUAAUAAGGAAAAUAAGUGCUAUUUUCUGGAAGGUAAUUUGUAUAGGUAGCCUUUGUAAAAAAGACUUUGAGCAACACAUAUUGGGCUUGAAACACAUAUCUAUAGCUGUUUAUAGCGCUUUCAUAAAAUUCCAUAUUUCAAUCUUUUCUUGUAAUGGUAGCGCAAAAAAUUGUGAACCAAUAAAGUAUGUGACUGGCAAUUGUGCUAUAAAUUUACACAAAAUCGGAUACAACAUCAAGUUCAUUUUAGGCAAUGUCUUUAAAAUGAUAGUCUACCAGACAACCAGUUCAAAUGUUAUAAUCCCAAUUAUAAACUGGGUGGUUCGAGCCCUGAAUGCUAAUUGGCUGAAAGUCGUAGUAUAUCAGACCGUAUACCAUGGGUAUGACAAAAAUUUAUUUUUAUGCUCUCAUUAUGUUGGUAACCAGUUUAUAAUAGCAAUAGGCACCUCAGGGGUUUGUGUUAUUGGCCAAUAUACCAUGACUAAUAGCUGUGUCCAGGCACUCCACGUUGCGUUGUGUAUAAGAACAGCCCUUAGCCGUGGUAUAAUGGCCAAAUAUCACACCCAAUUGCUUAAAUAACAGUGCCAACAUUUUCAGUCAAAUGAACAUUAAAGAUUAGUGGAAUCUGAGUGGGUAGCUGGACAGGUAGGAUGACUGACAGUGAAAGUGAACAGGUGGUCACAGGUCAUGUGACAGGAAAGGAUGAGACUGAGGCAGGAAUUAUAUUUAACCGUAAAAUUGUAUAUUUACUGGGUAGUCUGUGGUGGAUUCAUGGACGCAGAGACCGUCUGGAUUAGAUGGAGCUAAGGAAGAGAAAGCAACGUGAUCGGGCGAUGGCGAUGUCCUCCUUUUAUGAAGUUGAGAUCUGUCGGCCAUUUCCACCUGACCUAAUUAAAGCGCCCCUGGCCCAGCUGAGCAAGUGGCCAUGAAUUAAAGGAUUCUUCCAUCAACUCUAUGGGCUUUCUCUACAGAACAAAUAAAAUGUAUCUGUCAAUCAAUUUUCAACAUUCAAAAAUAGAAAAUCACGUUGAAUUAGAAUAC